CCAACAGACGGGCUCGUCCGGGACAUUCAGUGAAUGAAGUAAAAAUAAAUGAAAUAAAAUUUAAAAAAGGCAAAUGUCCAAAUCUGUCACACAGUUUAUUUUAAGAAGAAAAUAAUGAUCAAGAAUGUUCUUUUUUUUUUUAUUUAACUAUUUAGAAUGAUUUUUAACUCUUAAUUCAUAUGUUCGGUUUUAAAAUAGUUGUAUCCAUCCCUUUCCAAGAGCGCUUCUCUCCAGUUGGGGUCGCGGGUUCGCACAAGGUUCCGCCAGCCCACUUCGGGCGAAAGGUGGACUACACCUUGAACUGGUCGCCGGUCAGUCCCAGGGCACAUGUUGACAACUGUUAUUGACUGAGGAAAAAUUGAUAAAAAAUGAUGACAUUUGAAAAAGCAAUCAUGAUGUUCCAGAAAGGGACAAAUGAACGCGGCAACUUUCGCUGAUGUAGAAAAGCGGCCCGGCGUUACAAAACAGAACACGACGGAUGCGACCCGCGGGCCGCGCGUUGCUCGAAGGUCUCGAGCGGCAAACUACGCGAGUGUCAAUAAUGAGAGCUUCUAGUUGACGUUUGGAGCCGGCCGGGGUGCGGCCGUACAUUUGCAUUGUGGAGUCACGAAGCUUCUUCCGCCCGAUGAAACGGCCGCCGUUGUUUGGCUGGCACACAAAAGAGGUGAACUUGCCCCCCCCCCCCACACCCCCCCAACAGGACCACCGCCACAAAACCGGCAACCUCUCUGGCGUCGACGCGCGUCGACUUUCCCUCCAGUGCUGUACUUUAUUUCUUUUCCAGUCCGUUCAAACGUUCAUCGGUGCACGUCUGGCAGGAUGUCGCCGAGGCGCUAAACGCUACGCCGACAGCUGCCACGUUCAACUUGAAUAAUUCGGUUUUUAAUUUCCUCGGCACAUGAACCGGGAGACUUGGCUCGGUGUUUCCUUCCCAUAUCUGAAGGAGCUGGAAAAGAAAGUUGGCCGCAAAACACCUGAAAGUUUUCUGCUUUGGAUGAGGGACGACGUGGAGGCCGACGACCACAACUCGCAUUUCGGCCAGAGUUUUACCGACAGGUUACGCAACCUCAAACAAGACGUGAGGUGGGUGCGCAGCGCCGACGUGAGGAUUCUUCGCCAGCUGGCUGCCGUGCACGAGGGCAUCGAGUCCGCGCGCUGGUUCCUGUCGGAAUCGAGCGCCUUGGACGGCGGCCCGACGGCGAGCGGAAGAGCACGCGAGCCCGGCGUUUCCCUUUCCAAGCAAGGACGUUCCGAGAUUAACGUACCCGGAAGAUUUGUCCGCCAUCUUGGGUCCGAGGAGCUGCGUGGAACCUUCGAGCCGCCCCGCAAACCGUUUGCUCCACGAAGACUUCCGAGAUUCUCGAAGUCAGCACCGGGAAGCUUCGCGGGACCUCCGCCUCGGAUCCGACAGCGUCAAGGCCGAGCGCCAAAACGCAGAAGAGGACGAGGAGACGGCGGCGCUUUUGUUCGACUACGACGCUCGCUGGUGCUGGAUCGAGUCACGCGACGAUGUCACGUUUUUAUAAAAAAAAAAAAACCAAAAAACUCAUUUUCCUGCAGUUUGAUAAAUAAUCAUGGAUGCAUGGUAUGAAAUCCCUCCCACGGUGGAAAAACACAGUCCCUUUUGGUGAUUUGAAAUUCUACGUCUCCAAAGUAAAGUCAGUUAAAAUUGCCGUUUGGAAUACAUUUCUUGCAUAAUGCUAAAGGAAAAAGUGUGGAAAAAAAUUCAGAAAUAAUUAACGCGUUUCCUUUCUGCAAUACAAUUGCACAAAGCCGAGAAGAGAUUAUGUCUUCAAAAAUAUUUGGAGUCCCAUAAAUGGAUUUCAUACAGUAUGCUCUGAAUAUGCUUCAUAUACUGUAUCCGUAUGGGUUGUCGUCGUUGUUUUGGGGUUUGUCUGUGGUUUGUCAAAAGUAAUAUCAAAUAAAGCGUUAACACCGAUUCAUGCAUCAUUCAAAAAGGAGUCUCCAUAUUUCGAACUUCAUGAAAGUAUUUCAUAAUAUUUUUAGAGUACAGAAGAAAGAUAAAAUUAUAAUCUGGGACAUU